AAACAACAGACAACAGACAAAAAUGUAAACAAUUUUUGACAAGACUGUUGAGUUGUUGAAAACACUUUUUGAUUUCUAUAGAUGUUAGAAAGUUAUUUAGUUUUCUAGAUAGUGUCAGAUUCAAUCCAAAAUUGCUUUCUUAUCUUUCCUCUCGACGUUUAGUUGUCAGUUGCAAAGAAAUCGUGUCAAGGAAUCUUUAGGAAAUCGUGGAAAAACCAACAUCCCUGUGAUCGAUUUAUGAAAAUAAAUGGAAGAGAAAAAGUAUUUAAAACGUAAGGAGAAGGCCCUAAAGGAGGGAAAUCGCGAAGUUUUGGCGCAAACAUGCAAUCAUCUAGGAGAUUUUUACAAUCAACAAGGCCGUUAUCAAUGUGCAGUAAAAGAAUAUGAGGAAGAGGCAAUUUUAUAUUCAAAAUUGGGAAAACAACUCGAAAUGGCUAAGGCCCAUCGUAUGGUGGGCGAAAUGUAUAUGUUGCUCAGUGACUUUGACAAUGCAAAAUCCCAAAUUAACACCUAUUUGAAAAUUGUGAAGAAACUUCAAAACAAAGUUGAGGAGCAAAGAGCCUUUGCUACACUUGGGAGAGCCCAUUUGUUACACGGCCAAGCCCUGAGUGAAACAACUGCCUCCAGUUCAAUAAAUGAGUUGCGUCAGGCUGAGCGUGCCUUUCUCAAGAGUCUCCUGCUGACAAAAGAGUUAACUGGUCAAAUAUCUAAACUUGAGCAACUUGAUAUGCAGGCGCGAUGUUAUCUCAAUAUAGGUGUCGUGAAAGAACACAUGGAGGAUUUCGAAGAAUCUAUUGCAAAUAUGGAAAAGGCCCUAAAAAUCAGCAAAUCGAAUGACAUAUUCGAACUUACUCACACCUGCUACGUUUCGAUGAGCCUGCUUUACCAUUGCAAAAAGAAUGACCCUACGUCGGCUUUAAGAUUUUGCAACUUAGCCUUGGAAGCAGCUAAACGACUGCAGCAGAAAGUAAAGAAAAUUUGUGAGACGCUCAUAAUCAAGUCGGAAAUCUUGGUAAAGGCAGGAGAUUUUGCCAGUGCUAAACAAAUUCUUACAAAAGCCUAUAAAAAGAACACUCCGGAUGAAAAUGAUCGCCAAGCUAUAGAGAAAUCGUUGCGCAUUGUUGUAAAAAUAUGCAGGACUCUUGAUGAAUUGGUGACAACAAGCUCGAUCGAUUAUGAAAAACGUAAACAUCUGUACGAAAAGUUAGGUGACUACUGCUGCAAUCUGUUUAAUUAUGCCAAAGCCUUGGAAUAUUAUGGCAAAAUGCUUGAGUGUGCCGAACUUAACAAUGAAGCAGGCAAAUCGUUAAUACCAAUCUAUGUCAGCUUGUAUCAAACGUACAAGGACAACAACCAGUAUGAUGAGGCUCUAAAGUAUCUGUGGAAGGAGUUUGAUUUGAAUAAAGAUGUUCCGAAGGAAGCCUUUUCGACACUGUGCACCAUCGCUGAAGUUUGUGAAAUGCAAAAACAAUCGUUCUGGACCAUACAUGACAUUUAUCAGAAAGCAAAAGAGCAGGCUAUGUUAGCAGGCGACAAGCAGAACAAAUUGGAAAAAAUAGUAUAUGCUCGAUUGAGGAAACUUCAAUUGAAACACAACAUGAAUGUUCUAGCAGAAGAAUUGGCCCAGGAAGCAACGAGCAGAGGCAUAGAUAUAAAAUCUCUAGAGGAUGACAGCGACACAGAAUCCGAGAAUGUAAAUUCGGAAAAUGCGGCCCCCGACUCGGAUGAAGAUAUAUGUCUUGAAGAUCUUACUGAUUCCGAUACAAGCGACUUGGAUGAGACAGAGAAACCAAGGCCGCAUAGAGUAACACGGGGAACGCGAUCACUAACUAUUAAACGCAAUAACAAAGGUGAGACACAACUCCACCAGGCUUGCAUAGCGGGUAACAUCGAGCUAGUCCGUCGUUUAAUAGAUCAAGGGCAUGUUGUCAAUGUCAGAGAUCACGCUGGUUGGCUACCGCUACAUGAAGCAUGUAACCAUGGUUUCCGUGAUAUUGUAGAGUUGCUGCUCGAUAGAGGAGCUUCGGUAGCUAUAAAUGACAAAGGCGGUACAAGCUGCGAUGGAAUAACCCCAUUGUACGAUGCUUGUUCUAAUGGUUUCUUUGAUGUCAUUGAGUUAUUGUUGGAACGCGGUGCAGACGCUACUGUAAAAACCGAUUUUGGUGACACUUGUCUGAGUAGCUUGGAUAAAUGGCGCCAUUCAGCCACGUUAACUGAAGGCGACCAAGCUCAAUAUGAACAAGUGAGAAGUAAACUUAUAAAGACAUUAUCAAAAGUGGGGAUAUGUUCGUCACAGUCUGUCAAGCCUCUGACAAAUGCAAACGUAAGCUACAGCCGAAAAGAUCAUUACAAGAAAAGCGAUCAAGGUCUUCUGACAGAUGACGAAAGCAGCAACAACACGGACGAAGAGGAAAACAUUCUUCCCACAUCUUCGUCGCGAUUGAAUCGAUCUUUGGAUAAAUGUAGAACAAAGUCGCCAGUUUGUGCUGGAACGGUAUACAAAAAUGCAAUUGAGCAGCUUAAACGACCACUGCAUAGGCAAAAUUCGUCAGAAAGUGAGAUGGAGGUUGGAUUAGUGACAAAGAAACAUAAACGGGGCGGCUAUAUGGAUAUCGAAGAUGUGGAUGACGAUUCAUGGCUCAUCGACGAUAUAGGGCCCGACAAGAAAAGGCGCCGAUUCCAUACUACCCCCACGAAACAGUUACGGCAGGCCAUCAAAUCGCCUACUAAAGAUAAUUACGUCAAUGAAUCCAAUAGUUCAAGAUGGAGCAGAGAAUCCAUAUCCCCCGAUAAUGAUGCGUUCCAAGUACUUCUAGAUGCGGCAACAGGCACAAGUUCCCAACAACGACAUAAGCAAGCCAAGAAACUAUCGCUGUCGCGAAAAUCAAGCACGUGUAGUAAUGCAAGUGGUUCCCAAACAUCGCAUCGCACGAAACCGAAGCAUCAGUCUUCUCUUAUGGACAGCGGAUUUUGCCGUUUUCGCAGCGAAAGUCCCCAUCCGUACAGUGAAGACUCAAAUGACACAAAUACGGCCAUAAGUAUUCGCACUGAGCCCGAUUCUACCACAGCGUCAAUACAAUUGUUAAUUUCGCCAACGAAAUCGUCACCCAUAAAAGUGCAAACCACUCAGUUAUGUUUACCCACAACCACAUCUUUUAAAGUCAAAGUUGAAGAUGAAAUGCUUUUGGUGCCGAUCGAAAGGAAAAAGUUAAACGACAUAAAUAUGCGUUGGCUGGCCGAAGAAGCGGCCCGUAGGUAUUACAAUUUGGUCGGUCUGAAACCCACAUUACGUCUUAAAACCGCUGAUGGAUUUGCCUACGAAGAAAGUGACCUUGUAGCUGUGGCCGUUGAGCAAAGCAUGAUCCUAGCCACAGUUCUUGAAUGGCAAAUUUCUCCUUUGGGUCAACGCUACGAGGAAAUGUGCAUCCAGUUACAUAGAGAUGUGAACAAGGAAGUCUUGGACGUUUUGCAAAGAGCACAGAUAUCAAAUGUUAUACAUUUAAACGAUUUAUGGCUACCACCCAUACAAACAGAACCCAUAUUUAAAGCCGUUUUGCACCAGUCUAAUUUGAGAAGUUUAGAUUUGAGUAAUAAUUUUAUACAAAAUGAGGGCUGUCGACAGUUGGCAAAAGCCUUACCGACUCUAAAGCAUUUGCGAUCGCUGAACUUAAGCAGCAACUUAAUUUCAUGCGAUGGCAUUGAAGUAUUGCUAUCGAGCGCAUCCAAUUUGAACUGUAUUGAAGAAAUUAUUUUAAGCCGAAAUCCUUUGCGAAAUGAUUGCGUUCGCAUUGUGGACCGAUUUUGUAGUACAACCGCGGGAAAAUCUUUAAGGAAAGUACAUUUGUCUCAUUGUUGUUUAACAAAUGUAUACGAUUUUGACUUAAAUUUUUAUGAGCUCGUGGAUUUUGACAUAAGCUUCAAUCAGCUGAAAGAGGAGGCUCUUCACAAAAUACUGACAAAAUUAAAUUCUAGCCGUUUACAAAAUCUGAAUUUAAACUAUAUAGAUGCAGGUACUAAGAGUGGAUGUGCGGCCUUUUCGUCGAGAACAACUGAACGAUUAAUUACGUUUUUUGAGAGCGGUACAUGUGAGAAAUUUCGAAAUAUUUCGCUGGCUGGGUGGCAUCUGAGCGACGUUGAUAUUUAUAAAAUUGUUUUAUGUUUGAGUAGAGCAAACGACUUGGAAUUGUUCAAUAUUUCCGACAACGAACGUCUAUCGAAUUCUUCCCUUCAUUUUAUCUUCGAUAAAGUUCCGCAACUACGUAAACUUUUGGCUACAAAUUGCACACGCCUUUGGGAUGUUGACAAUUUACAACGUCUUUCGCAAUUACAAAACAUUCCAAACUAUAUGUCCAUCAGCAUGGGAUGCGAAAAUGCAGUGUCCGAUUUAACCCAGCAACUGUCUACUUUAUGGAGCUCGUUGUGGGGGGAUAGAGGAAAAGUAAAAAAAUACGAUAAUAACAUAAUUUUAUAUGUAAAUAAUAGUGAUUUGUUUCAUGCGCAAAGUUUUUAAUAAAUUCAAAAGUGUUCUAUCUCCAAAA